AGAGAGAAGGAGGAGAGCAUGGCAUCCAUGGUAAUUCCUUCGUUCUCGCAUUCCUACCUGAACCUGCAUUUUCCGGUGACUCACCAGAAGGGUUGUUUGACAACAAUGACAAGAAGAAGAAGAAGAAGGAUGUCUUCUCUCCUCAUGACCACUCGCUCUAG